UACAUGUAUUCAUCUGUCUUCCUUGCGGAUGUACACACAUACGGACGGAUCCCCGAUAUCCACCACGGACGGACGUUUCAUCAUGUUUCUUGUUUUAAAAGUUGUUGUAUGAUCGGUGAUGAUCGGAUGCACGGAAUCGUACGAGAAAGAAACCAUGACAACAACGGUGGAGUCAGAAUGGUUUCCUGAGGAGAAAUACAAGGUACAGAAAACAUGGCUGCAAAGUUUCUGUACACGGGUGCUGAAGACAGGACCUGUCCCCAAACACGUGGCGUUCAUCAUGGACGGCAACAGACGAUUCGCUAAGAAAAAAUCUGUUGAGAAAGCAGAGGGACAUCUCAUGGGAUUUCAUAAGUUGUCAGAGACACUGCAGUGGUGUUUGGAUUUUGACAUCAAGGAAGUUACUGUGUAUGCCUUCAGUACAGAAAACUUCAAACGCUCUAAGGAAGAGGUAGAUGGCCUGAUGGAGCUGGCCAGGCAGAAAUUUGUGAAGUUACUCCAAGAAAAGGAACAAAUAAUGAAGCAUGGCGUCUGUGUACGAGUACUCGGUGAGCUACAUCUACUACCUCGAGACGUACAAGAAGUCGUAGCUGAAGCGAUGUACAUGUCAAGAAAUAAUACAAAUGCUAUAUUAAAUGUAUGUUUAGCGUACACGUCUAGAAACGAGAUCACCAAUGCAAUGAAGGAGAUGGCUCAAGGAGUCGAAGAUGGAUGUCUUAGACCAAGUGACAUUUCCGAGGGACUUCUUGAGAAGUGUCUGUACACAAGUCAGUCUCCAGACCCUGACCUGUUAGUAAGGACGUCAGGCGAAGUCAGACUCAGUGAUUUCUUACUAUGGCAGAGCAAUUACUCUGUGUUGUCCUUCGUCGAGGUGCUGUGGCCAGAGUUUACAAUAUGGCAUCUCUACUCGGCAAUUCUUCACUAUCAACAGAACUACGCUGCCGUUAUGGCCGUCAGAGAGGCAAACAGGCAAGAGCAAGAAGAGAGGCAGGCACGGUCCGACUUGAAAUGUGCCCUCCAAGAAGCGGACAACAGUCUUCACCACGACCGACAAAGUCCCACAAACGUCCAGAAGUGUGUACGACACUACACACAAGAAAGGGAGGCUCGAGUAACUAAUUUCUUAAAACGCCUACAGCAGAGGAGAGACCAGUAUAUAUGUAGUCUAUUACCUAAGGAAAGUGAAAAAGCCACACCCAAUGCCAAGUUAACAACGCCCUCCUGAAAACAGAAAUUGAAAAAUAUUGAUUUUGCAGGUUUUGGAUUUGCAGGCGUGGUAAUCUUUCUACUUAAAGACACUGGAAACUAUUGGUAAUUGUCAAAGACCAGUCUUCUCACUGAGUGUAUCUCAACAUAUGCA